CCCUAUGUGGGAUUCGAUCCCAGGAAUCCGGGAUCAUGACCUGAGCUGAAGGCAGUUGCUUAACCAGCAGAGCCACCCAGGAGGCCCAAACUCCAGUUUCUAUGGAUUCCAGUGACACAGACCAACACCAGACCUGCGAGGUGUCAGAGGUCUCACCAAGCUCCUGCUUCUUCUGGACCCCUCCCAGGAAAGUGAUCACCCAACUAUGCUGUGAUUCGGAGCACAGGGCUUUACAGAGUAGAAAGCCAGGACGUAGCUUCAUGGUUUUCAGCCAUUUUCCCUAACUGAUGUCUGGGAACUCUGAAGCAUUCGGGCCCCACCUGGUCUUCUGGGGACCACCGGGAUCCUGAGAUCAUGCUGUCACACCUGGAACAUCACCUCACUUCACCCUUUGAACACUUUUAAGCCAGGAAUGUCCCAGACAGGGGUAGACACCUAAGUGUUUCAAUCAUGCACCUGGCUGUCGAUGGAAACUUUGCAGUAGGCUCCUUCAGCUAUUAUCCAACCUAUGCCUGUGGACAUCUGAUAGAAAGACAUGCUGGAAUCAUCCAUAUUUUGCAGAGAAGGGACCAUCCCUGUCAGGCACAAUGGCUUAUCUAAGGUCCAAACCAGAAGUUGGCUGAAACCACCCCCCCGAUGCCUCAGGAUAUUUCGAGGGAGACGCCAUAAGAACACUCCAGAGGACAUGGUGGAGGAGGUGAACGAGGAGAUUGCCUGCUCUCCUUCCUCCAAGGACAAGAAGCCGCACACGGCCAACAGAGUCUGGCGCUGGCUCAGGGGGAAAAAUGGCUCAACGAGGAAGAGGAAUAAGACCUCGAUAGUAUGGAACACUCGUGCCAGUUCAUUGGAGGCCGCAAUAGAUUACCUGGUGACUGCUGUCAUAAAACAAGAUCUAAACUAUGUGUACUCGUUUCUGGAAAUAUACCGCACCUUUACUACCACCCAGGAGGUGCUGGGCCUCCUCUUUGCAAGAUUCGGAUGUGUUUACUCCACGUAUGACGAGGUCAGCGGACCCCAGGAGCAGUGCAACAUGGCCGUCUAUUCCAUCCUGGAUAUGUGGGUGGAAAGGUAUCCAGGGGAUUUUGUGCAGCCUCCGGAGUUUCCCAACUUGCAUGCUGUACUGGCCUACCUGCAGGUCAAUGUGCCUGGCUCGGACCUGCAGCGCCGUGCCCAGCUUCUGCUGCCAGAAAGGCAGCGCGCUGAGACCACAGAGCCAGAGGCUGGGGCUACAGCACCGGCCCCAGAGCCAGAUCAGGAUGUGCCUCGGGAAGUUGUUCCAGCAGCCACUCUGGCACCCGCUGCACGUCUGGGGCCUGAGCUGGCCCCCGCCAUCCCUGCUGCGGCAGCUCACUAUGGCUUAGGAAGACCAGUGACCCCCCCUGACCCGUUGGGGCCAGGGCAGAUGGUCGUCAGGGCCCUCGUUCACUUCUCAGCCACGGAAGAGCCACCUGGCCUUUUGACUUUCCUGGAUGACCAGCAGGGUCCUGCCCACGAGCUGCCGCCACCUGCCUCCGUGGAGCAAGCAGGCUCCGCUCCCGAGGAGAACCUCGUGAUUGCUACAACCAGAAAUCAUGUCUUUCCCAUCGCCCUCGUUGCUUUAUUUGUAUUUCUUCUGUUUUGUGAAUAUGUAUAUAAUUACAUACUAGAUUUAAUUAAAUAAAGUAGAAU